UCCUCCUCUGCAUUCCCACCGCAUGCGACGCCAUGAACAAGCGAGAGAGACCGCUCCGAGAAGCCGCCGCCGCCGCCGCCGCCGUCCCACCCACCGUCCCGCAGAGAAGAAAGACCCCGUCUUUCUCCUCCUCCCUCCUCGACUCCAUCUACCGCUCCAUCGACGAGCCCAGCGGUCAGGACCAAGCCUCUCCUCUGUUCCCGGAGCCACCCCUGAUCAAGAAACAGAGCACCCACAAGACCAACCAUGGAGCCUCCCUCUCCUCCUCGUCUUCUUCCUCCUCUUAUUCGCAGCGAGAGCUCUCGAACCUCCGGAGGGCCAUCAUGGUCGAGGAGUGGAUGGAGAAACAGAGCUCCCGCAACUCCUCCGACUCGAGCUCGGCGGCGACGUUCUCGACGUUCUCGUCCUCCGAAGCGGAGUCCACUCACAGAGCAAAACAGAGGACCCUCGAGGACCGCAAGAGCGGCGGCGACAAUGCCGGCGGAUUCUCGAAGACCAAGCUCCGGGCCCUCAAGCUCUACGGCGAGCUGAAGAAGGUGAAGCAGCCCAUCUCGCCAGGAGGCCGGAUCACAAGCUUCCUCAACUCCAUCUUCAACUCCGGCAACGUCAAGAAGGCGAAGAUGUGCCACGUCGGCGCGGUCGAGGACGUGAGCUUCGAGCGCAAGCCCAAGUCGGCAUGUUCCUCCGCGUCUUCCUUCUCGAGGUCCUGCAUGAGCAAAACCCCGAGCGCGAGAAGCAAGUUGAAGAGGUCGGUCCGGUUUUACCCCAUGAGCGUCAUCGUCGGCGAGGACUCUCAGCCCUGCGGCCACAAAUGCAUCUACGACAACGACCGGAAGGCCAAGAACGGCGGCGGCGGAGGCGCGAGCGCCGUCUCCCAGAGGGAGAGAGAAGCCAGGGUCGAAGCGGAGAGGGAGCGUUACUUUCAGAAGAAGAUGGACGCGAGGGGUUCGAGCAAGAACAGGGUGGUGGUGAGGGUUUACAGCGAUGAAGACGACGACGACGACGACGUGGAGAGCGACGCGAGUUCAGAUCUCUUCGAGCUGGAUCACUUGAUCGGGUUAGGAAGGUACGGCGAGGAGUUGCCGGUGUACGAGACCACCUGUUUGAAGAAGAACCAAGCCAUUGCUCAUGGCUUGAUCUUGUAAUUCUUCGUCUUCUUCCUUUUUUUUUUUUUUUUUUUAAUCCUUUUUAGACUGCAUCUUCAGUGUAAUAUUUAUUUUGAGCGCAUAAAAUUCAUGAUUUUUCCA